AGAGGGAUCACGAGCACUACAUAUUGGAGAGUGCACUGGGGACCAACUUGUGUGGGGGAAAAUAGGGAAUAUCAUCAAAGACACUAUGACAGGAAAAGAAGGGGUCGUGCUGUCGGAAAGUUUAAACAAACCGAAAACAUCCUCAUCCUCUGAGAAUGGGGGGACAAACAGCCACCAGCCAUCGAAAACAAAUGUCACGCACCCUCCCAGGUGCACGGGAUUCGGGAUCCAAGAAAUUCUGGGUCUGAACAAGGAGCCUCCGUCGGCCCCACGGAGCACACUGGAGUCUCUACCGGCUGGAGCGCACCUGCUGGCGGCCAGGUCGAUGCUCGGUCCUGCUGGUGUUGGGGUCGGGAUGGGAUUAAUUGGCCCAGGAGGAAUCCCCUCGUUUUACACACAACCUGCGUUUUUAGAGGUUCUGUCAGACGCACAGAAUGUGCACCUGCAGCCCCUUAGCAGGACUGUGGGGCCGUUGGACUCCAGCCAAACUGCGAGCUCAGAUUCGGAUGUAUCGUCCAGUGAAAGAAGAUUAUCAAAGCCUUCACUGAGUCAGAGCAAGAAAAGAAAGAAAAGGAGACACCGAACAAUUUUCACGUCUUACCAGUUGGAGGAGUUAGAGAAGGCCUUCAACGAAGCACACUACCCAGACGUGUACGCACGAGAGAUGCUAGCCAUGAAGACGGAGCUACCUGAGGAUAGAAUACAGGUCUGGUUCCAGAACCGGCGGGCCAAGUGGAGGAAGAGGGAGAAGUGCUGGGGCCGCAGCAGCGUCAUGGCGGAGUACGGCCUGUACGGCGCCAUGGUGCGCCACUCCAUCCCGCUGCCCGAAUCUAUUCUCAAAUCUGCCAAGGAUGGCAUCAUGGAUUCCUGCGCCCCCUGGCUGCUCGGGAUGCACAAAAAAUCCAUGGAGACCGCUGUGGUUCCGACAAGCGGGAAGCCAGACGUCACCCAGCAGCCAACCAAUCAGAAAGCUGAUGAGCGAGAGGUGGAGGAGAGGAGGACAGAAAGCAAGUCACCCAUUUCCAAAGAGGAACUGAGGGAGAACAGCAUUGCUGCGCUCAGGGCAAAAGCACAGGAGCACAACGCCAAGGUGCUGGGGACUGUUUCGUGUGAUGGACCGGGGCACAAGAUGGAAACGGAGGUUGUGGAGGAGAGUGCUGGAGAUCCAUUGAGUCCAGCCGAAGAGGAAAAAAGUCCAUGAAUUGUUUGCUUUCUAAAACAAAUGACUUUCUUUGUACUUCAGAAUGCUGCAGUGCCCAUGCAGUCUUACAAGUCUCUGUGAACAUACCCAGGCUUCUGUGGUUCUGCUUCAUUAGCAGGUUUCUAUGACUACUGCACACCAAUUUUACUGUAUGUUUUCAUAGUUCCUUAUAUUGUUUUUCCUACUUUUAAUUUACUCUUUGUUUCUGCUGGUUAUCUGACCAAGUGUUACUGUACCACAAGUUAAGAAUUUGUCUUCCUUGCGUAAAGAACACACUAAAAAAGUUGUGUACACUCUUAUGAGUUAAAAAAGUAAAUAAUUUUGGAUGGCCAAAAUUUGUGAGAGGUUGUUUCAUGUACUUUUACCACCUCAAGGGUGGAAGCCAUAUCUUUAUCUGUGUAUGUGCUUUGAAGAAUUCAUAGGUUAAAAUAUAUAAUUACAGUUUAUCUGUGCGAUAAAAUGAAUGAUUCAUUAAUUUCUACGUUAAGCCGAAUAUUCGCUACAUAUCGCGAACCAGGCUGGCAGCUAUUUGUUUCAUACAUAAAGUUGGGAGUACAAAACAUUUUGAAUCGUUGGAAUCUGAUGUGCUUUUGCGCCAUUUAUUUAUUUUUACCCUUGGAAAUACAAGGUGAGUGGAGUAAUUACUUCAUACACAGUUUUGAAUAUAUGAAUUAUGAAGAUGAUUAUGACAUUGCAUUUAGUUGAAGAUAGCAUGAGCACAAUUAAUGAGUUGUAACUUAUUCAAACUUUAGUAUUUGGCACUUAUUUGUGAAAUUGACAAGGAUAUGGCCUAAACUGUUGGUGUUUCUCUGCAUUUAAAAGGUGGCAACAUCUAGAUUUUAAUUUCCUUUAUUUGUAUUUGGUUUCCAAAACACAGUGCAUCUUUCAUUCACACACUUACAAUCUCCUUAUUUUAAAAGCUGGUCAAAUCUGAAGCACUGAGUAAUAAUUAACCAGGAAAUUAACCAGAUCUUUUACUAUAUACUAUCUGAUCUUUUCAAGGAAGGCAGUAGUCAACAAACUGUUUUAGAAUGUACCUCUUCUGUAUAUACUGUACAUAAAGUAAACCAGAAACAAAGAUCACCGCUGAAAUGUUUAAUUCACUGAAAUAUACGUAGUUUAAAUGUGUUUUCUGUUUUAUCUUUCUGUAUAAUAAAAAAAAAACCUUCAUUGUUUA